AUGACAUCUCCCUCCUCCCCCUCCAGCAAGCGCAAGCGCAGCGCCUCGCAUCUGCCAGCACCUCAACCCAUCCCGGCCGAGCUCCAACCAUCCUCGCGCGACGCGUCCGGCGAAGAAGGCGAAGAAUCCACCGGCCCCGCCAGUGCAGCCAUUGCCCGACACAAGAAGCAAUCCAGCAUUAGUACCAGCGAGGCUGUGCCCCCAACCAAGCGCGCCCGCAAGAGCUCCGAAGCCACCGCGACCGGGACUCCCAACGGCACUACCAUCCACCAAGAGGAUCCCGGCGAGCCAUCCGAGACGACUGUCGCGAGCAGUGAUAUCGAGACUCGGCCGCGGAGUCGGCCGGGCUUGCAUAUUAAUCUGCCUGAUUCGGAGGAGGAGCAGCGUCGCGCGGCUAUGUUGCCGCCGCAGCGUGGGGGGUUACAGGACCCGGUUGGAUAUAAGACGAAUCCCCCGCCUGAAGGGCGGGCCGUGCGAGUGUAUGCGGAUGGUGUGUUUGAUUUGUUCCAUCUUGGCCACAUGAGACAGCUCGAGCAGGCCAAAAAGGCUUUCCCCGAAGUGUACCUGAUUGUUGGUGUCACUGGCGACGAAGAAACGCAUCAGCGGAAGGGUCUGACUGUGCUGAGUGGUGCCGAGCGCGCGGAGACUAUCCGGCAUUGCAAGUGGGUGGACGAGGUUAUUCCCAAUUGCCCGUGGAUCGUUACUCCCGAGUUCUUGUCCGAGCAUCAGAUCGACUAUGUCGCGCAUGACGAUCUGCCGUACCAGGCGGACGAGGGUGAUGAUAUCUACGAGCCUAUCAAGGCGCAGGGCAAGUUCCUGGUCACCCAGCGGACGGAGGGUGUUAGCACAACUGGCAUCAUUACUCGGAUCGUCCGUGAUUACGACCAGUACAUCUCCCGACAAUUCAAGCGCGGUGCCUCCCGCCAAGAACUCAACGUCUCAUGGUUGAAGAAAAACGAACUUGAAAUCAAACGCCACGUCGCAGAAAUCCGCGACAAUAUCCGCAGCAACUGGACCAUGACCGGCCAGGAACUCGGCCGUGAGCUGCGUCAGAUCUGGCAGAACAGCCGACCCGGUAGCCCCGCGCCCAGUGCCCGCAACAGCGUCGAUUACGGCAGUGCCCGUGGGCCGCUGGCCAGCCCGACGGGUGGUAGCAAGAGUCAUCUUUCGCGUGUGGAGGCGCUCAAUCGGCCCGAUAGUCCUGGUGUAGGCCGGAAUGAGGAUUUCGCAACCGGUUAUAGUCUGGGGUUGAUUGGUGGUGUUCGUGCAUGGAUGGCUCGCAGCCGUCUCUCCCUCACAGAACCACCCAGUCACCCCCACUCGCCCACAGACGAGGACGAGUCCGAGCAAAACGGGUACGAGGAUAACGAGACCCGUGGCCGCAAGGGUGUCGUUGCACCUUAA